CAAGGAUUAGUGCAUGUUUUACUGCAAUUUUCAUUUAGACGAUGGAUAUGUGUCUCAUAUGGAACAAACUGGAAAGGACUGCUCUGUGGACAGUUACUGAUUCGGAUUAGAAAGAAAUCUCCUUUUUUUUAGCAGUAAGAAAUGAUCAGUGGAGCAACCAAAACGUGACUGUUUGAACCUCACUUUGACUGCAUUUUGUGAGUACUGCAUACUGCUAAGUAUACAAUGUUCUCGUCUGAGUUUGCAUAUUACAUACUGUAAUAUGCAUUUGGGUGUUGCUAUUUAAAAAUAUCUUAAUUUGGGGAGUACAUAGAAUAAAAAGACCCUAUUUUGUCUAUCCAGGAUUCUAAAUUCUGUAUUUUAUUAUUGACCUGUGGAAGCAGAAUGACCUCUACAGCGUGGAUAGUUUUAACAGCUUUCUGGUUUCAUUUGUCAGACGCUAACUGUCCUCCAGGAUGCCUGUGCACCUCGGACAUUGUAAACUGUGGGUCUGUAGGUAUGGAGAGAUUUCCCUCUGUAUUACCCCCCACCACUUCAACCCUAGACAUCAGCCACAACCGGCUCACAUGGCUGGCACCAGGCACCUUUCAUGGACUGUUCAGGCUGAAUGUCCUGCGCAUUGCUCAUAACCAAAUUUCUCUGCUCAGUCCAGCAGCCUUCCACAACACUAGCACUCUACAUCAUCUUGACCUCUCAUCCAACAGACUGCAGAUAGUGGGGAAACACCCUUUCCAAGACCUGCUGGGGUUGGAAGAACUACUACUUUACAACAACCACAUAACCCACGUGGAAAACAAUGCUCUGGUGGGAUUGAGCAACCUGAAGAAGGUUUACCUGAGCCUCAACCAAAUUACAGACUUCCCCUUUUUCUCCAUUCGCAAACAUAGCCAUCCUAAGAUGGUCACUCUUGACCUCUCAUCUAACCGCAUAACACAACUGCCUCUGGACGAUAUUGUUCUGUUGCCUUUAACUUUACGAAGAGGCUUGUUCAUACAUAAUAACAGCUUGGAAUGUGACUGUUCCACAUAUCGUAUUUUUUGGCACUGGGAAAAAGAAGGUUAUGAAGCUGUAAGAGAUUUUAAGAAUGAAUAUUCAUGUAGAAUGUUUGGAGAUCCACUCACCUCAGUCAACUUCCUCCACAGCCCUCGCUUCUUUGAUAACUGCACUAUUGAAAAGAUGAUUUCUUUGAUUUCUCCCAAAGCUGACAUGAUAGUCUAUGAAGGGGAUCAGGUCAGAUUAGAUUGUACUGGUACACUCAGUAAUGUGGUUCUCUCUUACUCUUGGGUUAUUCCUCACCAAGACAACAUGACUUACUUGAUUCAAAAUGGUACUCUGCAGCUGAAAAAAGAUGGCAGUCUGGAAAUCCUAUCUGUCCAGAUGCGAGACUCAGGAAUCUACCGCUGCCUAACUGUGGACAAGGUCAGGAUGACCAACGAAACUCGUGAAGUAAACCUAACUGUAUAUCCUCAGCUUUUAAGAACAGAACCUUUCAGCACCGGUUACACCACACUAAUGAGUUGUGCCAUCACUCUCGUUCUCAUACUUGUGUAUCUAUAUUUAACCCCUUGUAGGUGUGGCUGCUGCAGAGCCCCACCAAACUCAUCAACAAUCUCUAGCUUUCGUGAGGACCACCAGUCUCUGGCAUUCAUCUUUGGAGUUUCACCAACUGCAAAUUUGAAGCUAAUGGAUAAAUCUAACCUAGACAAACAUUUGGUGUUCCUUGAGCCACUCAUGGAGGAAACAAAUACGCACCUUACAGCAGAGGGUAAAGCUGACUAGAAGACUAGAAGGAUCAUAUGCAGCACAUGAUAACAACCACUGAAUUUUUCAGGUUUUUCAUUGUUCUUAAAAAAGUCUGCUACAAUUUGAUAUGCAAAUGCUGGAAAAAUGAAAAUGAUGUCUAUUUUGACUGCAUUUACCUCUAUUUAUCCCACUAAAAGAGUUCAGCAUGUGCUCUAAUAGACAGCUAUGACUGCGGAAUGUAUUUUAUGAAUCUGGAAAAUGACAAAUAAAAUACUAUUACUUUCUGUUAUUCUUCUAUGACAUUUCAUAGUAUACAUUUAUAUUACAAACAUCCAUCUUGCUAUAAAAGGGUCAAAUUGUGUGAAGCAAUGAAAUAUAUAUUGCUUAAGGCUUUGAUGAAAUAGUGUUUGACUGGCACAUAGCAGUGUAGGAGUGACUAUAUAGCAAACAAUAUAAAGACCAGGAUUAAUUCUCUUAAUCAUUUGCUUCGAAAAUAUUUUGGCAGCAAAAUAGCAUGACUGUAUAGAAUCACAACAGCACAGUCCACUAAAUCUAGAACUGCAGUUAAAUUUGGGACAGGUGUGGGAUGAAGUUGUUUGUGUUGGCAUCUUGUAUUUAAUGGUGAAUCAAAUGAAAACCUUAGGGCAAAAGUCUUCAUACUCAUGGUUUCUGGCAAAUAAGUGAUACAGGAACCUGUUUGUGUAAUCUUAAUUCGUUUUUCAGAUAAUUUAAUCUGCACGGAUGCCCUUUUAGACCUAAAAGAGUUUUCAAGAGCUCAGUAGUUACAAUAUAUACAUUCUCAAGAUUCUGCUCAUUAUAUUUUUAAACCAUUUAUAUGUGUCAUGUUCCAUAAAUUCCUAUGAGGACUGUUACUUAGCCAUAGCCCACGACAGUGUUGUCUAGCGGUCUUUGUCGUUAAAGUUUGUUGGUUUAAUUUAGUUUUAUUUAGAUUAGUUAAGUGUUUAGCACUAUUUGCUGCUGGUUUAUGCUGUGAUUUAAAUAUAUAACAUUUACAGAAGAAAUUAAAUCUUUGAUGCUUAAAUAUGGCAAGUGUGCAGAGGCAAAGCUGCACUUAGUUAUAUAACAGGCUUGCUCAUAGACCCCUUCCCACACACACAGUGUCAAUGCAUUGCAUUGCAGGGAUGACCAGAUUAUCUGAGCAGGGACAUGAACAGAUCUGAAUUUACCAGAUUACUCUAAGAAUAAUGUGGGUGUUUGACAAUUUUCAAGCUUUGCUUUGUCCUUUUUCUCAUCUCUCAAAUCUCACAAAAUGAAAGUGCAGAUAAAAGUGGGCAGGCCAUUCACUUAUAUGUAAAUCAUGCAAAUUCAAUUGAGAUGUAGCAGGCAAAGAUGUGGUUUCAUAGCAGCAAAGCCAGUUUUAUACUGUGUCAAUUCUCCUUUAUUCCAAAAGUCAACAAUCAUUCCAUGCUUGAUUAUUUAAUGAAAAUCCUUGUGUGAUACCUGCAAUACCAGCAAUUUUUUUUUUUUUUAAUAAAAAAAAUUAUAAAUGGAACUUUGAUCCCUUAAUGUCCAAAUAAUUGAGGAAAUUAAAGGAGAUAUUCUGACUGCUGUCACAAUGAAACUGUUUCUUUUUAAUUGUACUUUUUUUUUGCAUUGUUAUUCCAAUACUGUAUGUGUAGCUGUUCCAUGAAUUUUGUGUCACCUUACUUGCUCUUCUGUAAAUGGCUUAAUUUAAA